AUGCAGGAUGCCUGGUUCUUCAUUGUGUGCUGCCAUUGCCUAAUUCUCAGCAAGUUAACCACUUGUGAGAAGCUCUUCUACCGCCGGGACCAUUCAGAUAUCCAGCCAGCCAAUGUCCAGCAGGCUGAGCUGGUAACGGACGUCAUCUCUGCACAGCAAUAUCUUGCAAAGUAUGGCUGGACAGAGCCAGUAAUUUGGGAUGAAACAAAAGACAACGAUAGAGAACCACUAAAAGACACCAGUCUUAUGGAGGAGGCGAUAAGAAGUACAGGACAGCGCUCAGCUGAACCUACUAAAAGUCCCCAGUUUGUUGAAGCACUGAAAAAGUUUCAGAAGCUCAAUAAGUUGCCGGCCACCGGCAGGCUUGACGAUGCCACUAUCAAUGCCAUGAAUAAGCCAAGGUGUGGAGUUCCAGACAACCAGAUUUCAAAGGCCAGCCAGGAGAAGCCCAGUUUUCCUAGAACAGCAGAUAAAACCACCAUGACAAGCCAAGGUGCAGAUGCUCCAAAAACUCGCCGGAAAAGGUUCUUGGACUUGUUAAUGAACUCCGAGAAGAACAGAAAGGAGCAGGAGGCAUUCCAAAAUUCUGGUGGGCGAGUGUUCAACAAAAAGUUACUAAAGUGGCGGAUGAUCGGAGAAGGGUACAGCAGUCAGAUGUCCAUCAACGAGCAGAGAUACGUCUUUAGGUUAGCCUUCCGUAUGUGGAGUGAGGUCAUGCCUCUGGACUUUGAAGAAGACAACACAUCACCUUUAUCUCAGAUAGACAUCAAGCUAGGAUUUGGAAGAGGUCGCCAUUUGGGCUGCUCCAGAGCAUUUGACGGGUCUGGGCAGGAGUUUGCCCAUGCCUGGUUCCUGGGGGACAUCCAUUUUGAUGAUGAUGAGCAUUUUACAGCUCCAAGCAGUGACACUGGCAUUAGUCUUUUAAAGGUGGCAGUUCAUGAAAUUGGCCAUGUGCUCGGACUAUCUCACAUCCACAGGCCCGGGUCGAUAAUGCAGCCCAAUUACAUUCCGCAGGAGUCGGGCUUUGAACUGGAUCGGUCUGACAGGAAAGCAGUGCAACGUCUGUACGGAUCGUGUGAAGGACCCUUCGACACGGUGUUUGAUUGGGUGAGGAAGGAGAGGAACCAGUUUGGAGAGCUGGUAGUCCGAUACAACACGUACUUCUUCCGGAAUAGCUGGUACUGGAUGUAUGAGAACAAAAAUAACAGGACUCGGUAUGGGGAUCCCCUGGCGGUUUCCACUGGUUGGCAAGGAAUACCCACACAGAAUAUUGAUGCCUUUGUACAUGUCUGGACCUGGACCAGGGAUGACUGUUACUUCUUCAAAGGAACUCAGUACUGGCGAUAUGACGGUGAAAAUGAUAAGGCCUACGCCAUGGACGCUCAGGGAAGGACCUACCCGAGACUCAUCUCCGAGGACUUUCCUGGAAUUCCAAGCCCCAUCAAUGCUGCGUAUUUUGAUAGACGAACUCAGCACAUAUUGUUCUUUAAGGACUACCAGGUGUACGCCUUUGACAUCAACAGAAACCGCACUGUUCCAAACUUCCCUAAGAGAAUUGUUGACUUCUUCCCAGCAGUGGUACGAAAUAACCACCCAAUGGGUCACCUGGAUGCUGCAUAUUAUUCAUACACCCACAACUCCCUCUUCUUGUUUAAAGGGAAGGACUUCUGGAAAGUGCUCAGCGAUAGAGACAGGAGAUCUAAUACCUCCUUGCCCCAGAACGGAGUGCUGCCACGCCGGGCCAUAUCUGAGCAAUGGUUUGAUCUAUGUAACGUUCACACGUCACUGCUGAGACUGUAA